UUUUUUUUUAUUUUAUUUUAUAAUAAUAAUAAUGUUUGGCUGUAUUGCUGCUGGGCGUUUGGUGCAAACUAAUCUACAACAAGUCGAUGUUAAUAAAUAUAUUUUUGAAUUAUCUGAUGCUCAAGCUAUAAAUCACAUUGUAGUUUUUUUACUGGGCACGAUUCCCUUUGAAGCUGGUUAUGCAGCUACAGUUCAUUUACUAUGGCCAAAUAAAGAUUGGCAACUUUUAGGAGGAUUAUCAAACGAAAAACCAAGUGCCAUCUUUCGCCUAAAAACAAAAGAAUCAGCAGUCAAUAUUCCACAAAUAUCAACUACAGCUACAUUAGGUAUCUCUAUUGAACCUAUUGCAGUCGUUCAGCAAGAACUCGCUACUAUACAACAACAACAACAACAACCAUCCACGACCGCACUUGUCAAACCAGGCGCUAACGUAUCACAAGUGGGACAAAUUGCAAAUCGCGUAUUAGAAAAUCUUUACAAUUAUAUCACAUCUUUUACUGUACAAACACUCCCGAUGAAUGCUAUCCCAUUAGGACAAUUAACAGAAAACGGUUAUUUACCCUUAAAAUCAUUUCAAACUUGGUACGAAAAUCUUUCUAGAAAAUUAGCAUCUAAUCCAAAUUAUUUUGACGAACAAAAAUCCGCUUAAAUAAAAGCGUUUUUUAUUUUAUUUUAUUUUAUUAUUUUAUUUUAAUUUAUAAAGAAGAAUUUAC